CAAACAAUGAAAUGCAGGAGAAGAAAGCAUACCUACUUGCAUGUGUGUCAUUACUUUUCUCUCUCUCUCUUUCUUUUUCUUUUUCUUUUUUAUUUUUGUUUUUUGAAUGGUUACAAUGAAGCUUAUUUUCAGUUUUUUAUGUUUAUUCAACUUACUUGUUCAUGCUGAAAUUGUGUCUCCUUCACGUAAUUUCAAUGUUACUUUACCAGAACCAAAUACGCCUUAUGUUGCAGGUCAAAUGUUGCCUAUAAGCUAUACUUUACCUGAUGAUGCCAAACUGUCUACUGUACUUUUAUUGUCCAUCUCGUUUGCUGCACAAGAUCCAACUUCUAAUUUUACUCAAGUUGCCAUCACUUCCAAUGCUGAUAUUUCUCAAGGUUUUAGUUUCAAGCGAAUGCGUAAUACCGAUGUUUAUUAUGAACAUCAGUUGAGUUAUUCAAUUCCUAAUAACACAGAUCCUGGAAAUUAUCAUGUUAUCUUCUCAGAUGCUGUCUCUGGUACCAAUGUGUCUGUGCCCAUCAUUGUUCGACCCUAUGCUCCUCCUUCUACAACAACUUCAGUCAACAAGGCAAAUCCUUCAGGAUCUAUAUUUAAGCCAAAGAGUGAUGCAGUCAAGACAUGCCGUCUUGGUAGUAUGUUUAUUAUCUUUAUGUUCAUAGCACUUUUAUAUUAAAACUCUUGCCACA